AUGUUUUCAGAGAAACUUGGCCAGACGCGUUACUUCUUGGCACAGCGUUUAGUUUUCACUGCGAUUGGCAUAGACUUUACCAAUGAGGAACAGCCUAUGCAAAAUCCACUUAGAGCGUUUUUAUCCUUUUUUGUAAUGGUUGCACUAUUCUUGGCCUUACUACAUUUUUCCAUAGUGAACAUUAGCGAUAUUGAAGUAGCAACAGAUGCCAUGAAACUAUUUUGCCAAAUAGUACUAUCGAGCUGGAAGUUUGUGAUACUUGUCUACAAUCAUAAAUUAAUUAUGCGAGUGGUGAAGAAAUUAAUGACUUGGAAUAGAAAUGCAAAUCACACAGAGGGAAAAUUUAUUAUAGCUGAAAAUGGCAAGGAUGUCAUUGUCAGUAGCCUGUAUUGCAUUUCAGUAUUUUCUACUGUUGCCGUGCUUGGGAUACAACCAUUUAUAGUAGCUGGAAUUGGAUAUAUAAAGAAUAACACAUUCAAAAUAGAACCACCAAUCAAAGCAAGUUAUUUUGUGGACUAUUCGAAACCACACAAUUACGUAUUUGUGUAUCUUUGGGUGGCCAUUGCACUUUAUAAUGGUAUUUGUAUCACAUGUGGCACUGAAAUCUUAUUUUCCUGGCUAAUGCGAAAUUUGAGUGCACAAUUCGAUAUACUGCAAUAUCGCCUACAUAGAGUGGCGCAAGAAAAUGGUGGAAAUGUGUCUACUGAGUCUAUCAUCGACUGCAUACAGUAUCACCGGAGAAUUAUUAUAACAAUUGAGGAGCUUAGUACUGCAUAUUCACCAAUUAUUUUCUUUAAAUUUUCUAUCAGUUGCAUACAAUUGUGUCUUUUGGCCUACCGUUUGAGCCAGGAUAGAUUAAGCAAUGGCUUAGUAUUGAAUUUCUUCUUCUUACUAUCGGUUGCCCAACAAUUAUUGAUUUACAGUCAUGGUGGUCAGACCAUAAAAUACAAGAGCCAGAAUAUAGCUAUUAUUAUCUACAAGUCCUUUGACUGGCAUAAAAUGGAUAAUAGUUGCAAAAAACUACUACUGCUGACUAUAUUACGUGCCCAAAGGCAUUGUUUCAUCUCUGGUAUCUUUUUCGAAGCAGAUUAUGCUUUAUUUGUUUGGGUAUUCCGCACUGCAGCUUCGUAUUUUACACUGCUACUGACAUUAGCUGGAAAUUAA